CAAACAAACAUCCCAGUUAACUUCCGGGAGUGACCCUUGCGCUGAUCUCAACCUGUCUCAACAUAAUUUUGUAUUCAAACCUUCAUGUCUUCAGAGCUAAUAACCUCGCUUCCUAGAAUACCUAUUAGAUAGCAACCGCUUGCCUGUGUUAUCAACAACCUUCCGAAACUGCACAAAUUAAAUAUUGAUCUUCAUAGGAGCACCAGAAAAAAGAGAAUGAAAUAGCAGUAGUGGACUUGAGAAGUGAAGUAAAGCAGCGCCGCCAUUACUGCGUUGCCAUGCUGCAAAAGAAGUAACGUGUUGGUCAUUAGACGGCCGUUGCGGAUCUUAACGGUACGAAAUGGUUUUAUUUUCUCUUUAGUUUUUUUUAGAACGUAUGCUGUCCAGUGAUGCCGGGGAGAGCGUGUUGCGUGGUUGGCUGUUUUAACAACAGCUCAAAAAUACAAGACUGGAACAAAAGCGUUUGUGAAAUUCACAACCCGUUGUUGCACGUUGACUGCCCAUGUUUACGACCAUACGGAUUACACAGAGUUCCUGGCCGAGCGGGGGAUCACGAUUUGCGUCAAAAGUGGAUGAAACAUAUAAACCGAGUUGACUUCAAGCCAAACAGGCAUACUGUGGUGUGUGGGAUCCAUUUUCCUGAUGGGCGACCUACCAAAGAAAACCCCUGUCCUGUGCUGUUCAUGGGUUAUGGAUGUCAUACACCAGCUAAACAUACCUUCAAAAGAAAAUGUCUUCGGCCAAUACACCUGAACUCAAUUACUGAAUAUGAAGCCGUGGAACUGUGUGAUGUCGGAACCCAGUGCCAGUGGCCAGACCACGUAGAGCACAACUACAGUUUCAACAGCUGUAACAAGCCGACGAAGGACUGUGGCACUCAAAGAGACCAAACACCGCAAUUGAAAACUGAAUGGGAUCAUCUUUCUUCAGUUAGCGACAUGGACGUUGGACUUGACCCAAGAGAGAUGGUGAACGAGGAUAUAAAAGAGGAGGAAGAUGAUCACAUGAUUUCAUGUCCCGAUGACGAAGAAAGGCCCUUUGCAGAGUUUCACGUUAAAUCUGAAACCGAUGUCACAGAGUCACCAAGGUCAACUUACAAUGAACUGCUACAGACAAUAGUGACUGACGAAGAGGAAGAGGAAGAGGAAGACGAGGAAGAAAAAGAAGAAGAAGAAGAGGAGGAGGAGGAGGAGGAGGAUUACCAUCUGCUGGAAAGUCUUGCUGCAAGCAACGGUUACGAGGACGACUGGCAUCAAGCCGGCUGGCAACCAAACAGUUUCCCCUUCACCGCAACCCCUGGACCACGGGAAGCUGCUGCGGAGCUGGAUAGCGACCGGCCAGUGGACUUCCUGGAGCUCUUUCUGACUGACGAGCUGCUCCAAAAUAUUGCGGAUCAUACUAACCUUUACGCAAGUCAAUAUUUUGAAGCACGUCCUUACAAUCUGCCAUAUAGCAGAUGCAAUGCAUGGAUACCCGUGUCAGUCCCGGAACUGAAAACUUUUUUUGGACUCAGUUUUCUCACCGGUUACAUAAAAAAGCCAAGCCUUGAACUGUACUGGAGUGUUGAUGAGAUAGACGCCACACCCCAUUUCAGCCAGACUAUGCCAAGGAACAGAUUUCAGAUUAUAUCGAGGUUCCUUCAUUACAACAUCAGCGAUGCGUUACAGGAUCCGACUGAUAAAAUUGACAAAGUCCGCCCCGUGUUGGAUUACAUCGUGGAGAAGUUCAAGGAGAUGUAUCAGCCGGGCCAAAACAUUUGCAUUGAUGACGGUAUGAUGCAGCGCCUGUCCUCUAGGAUGUUCGACACACAAAAGCCUGUGAAACAUGGAAUCAAAUCAUACAUACUGAGCGACUCUGCCACGGGGUACUGCUUCAAUAUGUAUCCUUGUGUCGGAGAAGCUAGCACUCUGCCAGACGUCGUGUUCGCUCUCCUCGAUCGUCUCCCAGGUCAAGGUUACACUCUGUUUAUGGAUAAUUUCUACAAUUCCGUAACGCUGUGCGAGCUUUUACUGGGAGCGCAAACCAACGUCUGCGGAACGCUGAGGAAAAAUCGGGGGGAGCCUCCGAUCGUCAGCGAGAUGACGUCAAAGACCGACUUGGGCGUGGGGGAGAAAGUGGUGCGACACAACGGGAGGGUGAUGGUGGUGGCGUGGCGGGACAGACAGUUGGUGAAGAUGGCGACGACCUGCCACCAAGAUAAGAUGCAGAGGCUUGACGUUUGGCAGAGGGGAUGCAAAUACAAGGUCGCUCAGUUCAAGCCAGAGUGUAUCGUCGCGUACAACUCCUCCAUGAACGGGGUGGAUAAACUGGACCAGAUCCUCGCAUACUAUCCCUUCAUCCAGAGAUCGCUGAACUGGCCCAACGCGUUUGUAGCCCAUCUCUUCCAGCUGUGCGUGUUUAACGCCCACGUCCUCUACCGAGCCAGAAACCCGGGGGGAUGUAAGACCCUCUUGGAGUUCAUCCGCAAGGUCGUGAAGUCCUGGACUGUAAAGCGACAGUUUGGGGGGCGUGACGAGGAAGAGGGGGAGGCGGAGGCGGAGGCGGAGGCGGCGCCGGUGGAAGAGGAGGAAGGUCGGCGUCCCCCGAGAGCCCCCUACAACACUGACCCGGAGAGCAGGCUGGACGGACUGCUCAGCAAGCACAAGCUGGAGCACCUGAUGCCCACGGGCAGGAAGGGGAGGCCGGCGAGGAGGUGCCGGGUCUGCGCUCGCAAGGGCCUGCGCAGGGAGACCAAGAUGUGGUGCAAGUCCUGCUCCGUCCCCUUGCAUCCGGGGGAGUGUUUUAACGCUUACCACACUAAGCUCAACUAUUCCAUGUAGAGAAACACACACGCACACACACAGAAAGAGAGAGAGAGACACACACACACACACACACACAUAGAGAGAGAGAGACACACACACAUAGAGAGAGAGAGACACACACACACAUAGAGAGAGACACACACACACACAUAGAAAGAAAGAGAGAGAGAGAGACACACACACACACGCACACAGAGAGAGGGACACACACACACACACACACACACACAGAGAGAGAGAGAGACACACACACACAGAGAGAGAGAGACACACACACUCGGAGAGAAAUGUGGUGCAAGUCCUGCUCGGUCCCCUUGCAUCCAGGAGAGCGUUUUAACGCUUACCAGAUUAAGCUCAACUAUUCCAUGUAGGGGUGGAAACACACACACACUCACACACACACAGAGAGAGAGAGAGAGACAGGAUGUAUCGGUUCUAUAUUUGUAAAUAAUCCAUUGUUUUGCUAUCAAAAGACCUUUCUCAAUGUUGUUUUUGCUGCUUUAUGGAAGGAAACCACUUUACAGAUGUUGGAGGUGUCAAUAAAGCCAAAAAAGAGUUUAUUUUAA